CCGCCUCUCCCUUUGAUUUAUGAAUCUUUCAAGAUGGCGAUGCACCUGCUUCAUCGGUGGUAAUUCUUUUAAUUUCUAAAACGGUGUACAUAAACGAUAAAACAAAGCGUCGUUUCCAGUUGACAAUAACAUCGGAGGACAACGUUGUCUUUAUUACCUUUCAAACAUGUCGACAGAGGAACUGUCAACCUCGGACAGCGAAGCAGUUGCUGGGGCUGGCAAGCGAUGGGCGCCCGUCGGCGCUGUAGCCAGUCCGGAGGAUGAGAGCGGGAAGGGAAACGCGGUCGAGCCGAGGAGGAAAGGCUCAGCUGUGUCUGGUGAGACGGAGAUGACCGCAAGAUUGAGGAAACUGGAGGACGAACAGGGCCUGCUGAAUUCCUCGCUCCUCGCGUUGACAUCUCAUUUUGCACAAGUGCAGUUCCGCUUGAAGCAGAUAGUUCACGCUCCGACUGAUGAGAAGGAGAGGAUGCUGGUAGAACUCGAGGAGUUUGCCUUCAAAGGCUGUCCUCACGUUGUGGGAUGCAGGCCACAGGAUACUCAACAGCUUGAAAACGCGAGUGAGAGGGAGAAGAGGGAGCGUCUGGAGGUCCAGAGGGAGAAGCAGAAGGAGCUCAUCGUCCAGCUGAAGACCCAGUUGGAUGACCUGGAGCGCUAUGCCUACCAGGAGGGCAGCUACGACUCCCUGCCCCAGUCUGUGGUCAUGGAAAGACAGAAGGUAAUCAUUGACGAGUUGAUCAAGAAGCUGGAUGUGAACUUCAAUGAGGACAUAGGGAACCUGACGCCUGAGGAGCUAAGACAGAGAGUGGACGCUGCCAUCGCUCAAAUAGUCAACCCAGCCAGGGUCAAGGAGCAGCUGGUGGACCAGCUCAAGACCCAGAUCAGGGACCUAGAGAUGUUCAUCAACUUCAUCCAGGAUGAGGUAGGGAACCCUCUUCUGUCUGAUGGUAAACCCAGCCAGCAACCGAGGACAGCAGGGCCCAACACCAGAGCCCCUGGAGGGAGGAAGAAAAUGGACCCAGAGCAGGCCCAGAAGAUGAGGCAGACAGGCUUGCAGCUGAUCCAGCGGGCCCUGGCUGUGCUGCAGAUCUUUGCAGUGAGCCAGUUUGGCUGUGCUGCUGGCCACGUUCCCCAGAGCAUGUGGUCGCAGGGGGAAGGGGGCCAGGACUACGGCCCUCUGCUGCAGCGUCUGGAGGGGGCUGUAGACCGGGUUCGAGUGCAGGCCUCGUGCAGACAGCCCUCAGUAGAUCACGUGGUCAGCUACAACAGCAGCUUGGCCCUGGGGUCCCGUGAUGAGCUCACUGCCUCAGUGAGGAAGGAGCUGGCCAUGGCUCUGAGAGACCUGCUAGCCCACGGUCUCUACUCCCCCUCCCAGGGCAUGAGUCUGGUGCUGGCCCCCAUCUCCUGCCUGCUGCCCUACAGACCUGGCCCAACAACCAUCCACCCCUGGGAGCUCUUUGUCAAGUACUACCACUCCAAAAAUGGCAAGGCUUUCGUGGAGUCGCCAGCCCGCCAACUCUCGCAGUCCUUCAGCCUACCUGUUGUGGGCAAUCCGGUCACUGUCACACCCAAGCAGUCUCUGCUCUGGGCUAUUCACUCAGUGUUGCUGGAGCAUGAUCGCUACAAGCGAGGAGCAGACUCAGAGUUCAAGGCUCUGGUAUGCAUGGCUCUGAACGAGCAGAGGCUAGUGUCAUGGCUUAACCUGCUGUGCAAGUCAGGGGCCUUGGUGUACCCGCACUACCAGCACUGGAGCUACAUGGCCCAGACAGGCUUCGAGGGAGCCCUGCGCAUCCUGGGACGUAUCAGCCACCUCAAGUUUAACCUGCCGGUGGACCUGGCUGUGAGGCAGCUCAAGAACAUCAAGGAUGCCUUCUGAGAAGGGACUGUCGAGAGACACCUAAAACCAUGCUUUCAGCUCACAUGGUUACCAGGCCUGAUUUAAGGGUAAAAAAUAAUACAAUCAACUGGCCUUUGAGGACCGGAAGGCAUGGUUUGGGUCUCCCUCAAGUGCUGAAAUUAUAAUUGGCAUAAAAGAUUUGUGCUAAUGUUGCUUUAUCCGUUUUACUUUAAAUGUAUCUUGGGUCAUUGGGUCAAAAAAAAAAUAUUAUUAUUAUUAUUUUUUUUAAAUACAUUUUAUCCUCUUUUCUCCCCAAUUUUCGUGGUAUCCAAUCGCUAGUAAUUACUAUCUUGUCUCAUCGCUACAACUCCCGUACGGGCUCGGGAGAGACGAAGGUCGAAAGCUAUGCGUCCUCCGAGGCACAACCCAACCAAGCCGCACUGCUUCUUUAACACAGCGCGCCUCCAACCCGGAAGCCAGCCGCACCAAUGUGUCGGAGGAAACACCGUGCACCUGGCCCCCUUGGUUAGCGCGCACUGCGCCCAGCCCGCCACAGGAGUCGCUGGAGCGCGAUGAGACAAGAAAAUCCCUACCGGCCAAACCCUCCCUAACCCGGACGACGCUAGCCCAAUUGUGCGUCACCCCACGGACCUCCCGGUCGCGGCCGGCUGCGACAGAGCCUGGGGGCGAACCCAGAGACUCUGCUGGCGCAGUUAGCACUGUGAUGCAGUGCCCUAGACCACUGCGCCACUCGGGAGGCCCCUGGGUCAAAACAUUUUUGUUAGCAUCCUGUCUAAAAACAUGGCAUGAAUUUUGUGCAAAGCUGUUCAACAAAAAUCAAGUGUGCAAUGUUGAUGCAUUAUAUAGCAAAUCUGAUUUUUAUAUAGCAAAUCUGUAACUAACAUUUAAAAUAUCAAUGCCCCCCCAUAACCACUCAAAGGGAGCAUAUCAAGAUCCUAAUGACUUGUUACGUUGCAUUAUAUGGAGCUUGUUGCCUCCCCUUAGGAAACACUUCCUUUAUGUGAUGUUGUUUGACUUGUCCCUAUGGAGAUGAGAUACAGUAGCUCAGACCUAUGCAGAUAAUAUCGUGAGGUUGGCCUUUUACAGUAAUUCACUACUGUAUAAUGAUUACCUAUAGAAUGCGUGAUCAUCAAUGUGACCAAAUGUAUAGUCAUUCCCUCCCCAUAUUCUGUAGUAUGGGCAAAAACAGACCAGUAUCCUGCACUGUCACUAAACUGUACAUUUUGUGUUCUCUACGGAAGAGAAUAAUAUGGGUUACUACAGUUCACAUUCACUGAGCAUUGCUCUCUGUCUGUGGUUACUCAAAGCUCCCCUGUUGUGUUCACAGAAGACGCGCACUAUUCAAUGCACUCAGGUCAAAUGAACAUGGCAACAGUGUAUGCUCUCACCAAUGAAUGUACAAGAGAGGUCAAAAUUCUAAAGAUGUCACAAGUGUUCUGAAAAUCAAAAGGAUCACUCAGGCAGCAUGUAGUGUCUCUCUGUUGAGAAAUAAGCAGAACCUGCCUAACGUGUCUUAAAGAAGGUGGAUAACAUAGAGACCCUGUAUUAACUGCUGCUUCUUUACUGGUCCAAAUGGAAGUGAUUAAAAAAAAAAAAAAAACAUUUAUGAUUUAACUAUUUAGCUUAUAUGUAAUUAUAUAUUUAAUCGUCCAAUAUUUAAGAUGGUUGUGGGAUGUGAUCGUUUAAUCUGUUUCUAUUUGUUUUUCUUAAUGGUGAAUGAAAACCACUUGAAGUGAAAUCUUCCUAUUACAUGUGAAUCACAUGGGGUGUAUCCUGAAAAGCUGAAUGUACAAACCAUAGAUACUGUUCAUUUCCACAUGAGUGAAAACUUAUCAUCCCUGGUAUGGCUUUUCCAACCCUCCUCAUAUUAAGGUAUAACCUACUUUGUUACUGGUUAAGUGCUACUCCCAGACUUUCUGUUCUAUUCUCUUAUGGUCUAUGGUAUUGUAUUGGGAUCUAUUUUGUUGUAUAGUAAAUUGCAAAUGCCUCAGCCGGACCACUACCAGACUAUGCUUGGAUCUGGUCUGUGCUUUACUGGUGUGCAUCUCCAUGUAGUGUAUGGGAGGACAGGUUGUCCUACAUCGAAAGCGAUACUUUGGUUUGCAUACUUCUGAGGUGUUAAUGUGAAUAAUCAAUACCCCCUUCAUUUAGCCUGCAUUGUUACUUUUCAAAUGCACUGUGCUCUUGUCAAAACUACUGUUAACACAAACAUAGACACGCACACAUCACAACUACUACUACUAAGAAAUGUACAUUUCUGUAUGAAAAAUGAGACUUAGUUACUGUCUCUGAUUUGUUUUUGUUUUUUUGUGCAUACCCUACUGGUCAGAUUGAGAAAAAGUUAUACAGCUGUUUAUUGUUGUUGUUCAAUAACGAUGAAUGUGAGAAAAUAAACUAUUUCAAAAUCCUA